AUGCCGUCUCUCGUGGCCUCCGCCCCCUCCAACAGUACGCUGUCAAAGAAGCGCCGCUUCCAACCUCCCAUCACGGGAUACUUCACAACCGCUUCCCAGCCAGUGCCUAGUGGGACACCUGCCGUCUCACACCAUCACCAUUACUCCGCUGCAACAUUCUCUGCUACACCUGUCGUCCCGGCCAAAGUGCAAUCUUCUCUCCUAUCCGUCGGAAUGCGGGUUCGGAAGUCCGUGGCAGAGGGUUAUAGAACCCACAUGGCUAAGACUGAAGAGAAGGUUCCACUUCAUGCAGGUGUCGCUCAGACUCCCGCUGCUCAACCUUGCAGCGCCGAACUUACUCCUUUCUCUGGCUCUACCAAACGGCCGUUCGACCACGAUGAAUAUCUUGUGAAUGAUGACGGGGAUGCCUUUUCGAUUCCGCCGAGUAGUCAGCAGUCUACAUCGUCAUAUACGGGGGCGUUGGGUGGCCACAAGAGAGAUUUGGAUUUCGACAGUGACAUGCUUGACGAUAAGGAUUACUAUCCGCAAUCCAACACUUUCAAUGACGAGUCCUGGCAAGAUAACUCGUCGGGAGUGGGACAGAGCCGUCGAAUCCUCGCUGUGCGUCGCAACAUGGUCCAACAGCCUGCUAUGGACUUGGAUGACUUUGAGGAAGCCUCUUUCCUUCGCCGCCGAGAAGAAGUUGAUGCAGACUAUGCCCAUAUGGAUUGCGCUUAG